UCCUUUCAACACGUCUAUACGUCAUUCAACUGGGAUGGGGUCAUCCUUCCUUGAGUUCGUAUAAAUAGGCCCCAUCAGCCACUACUCCGAUCGUGCAUCGGAGCUGUUUUAUUUUCAUUCUACUGGUUUAGAUACAUUCAUGAAGAUGGACGCUGUUGGGAGAGCCACUGGAACUAAAUAUGAAUGCUUGCUCUUUGACAUGGAUGAUACUCUAUACCCCUUAAGCACAGGUGUCAACUUGGCUUGCCGCAAGAACAUAGAAGAAUUUAUGCUGCAAUACGUGAAUAUUGAAGAAAGUGAAGUACCAAGAAUGUGCUUGGAAUUAUACAGGGAAUAUGGAACAACAAUGGCUGGUUUAAAGGCUCUUGGUUAUGAAUUUGACAACGACGAGUUUCACGCGUAUGUUCAUGGAAGAUUGCCAUACGAAACACUGAGGCCUGAUCCGGUGUUAAGAAACCUUCUGCUUUCCAUGCCCCAGCGGAAAAUAAUCUUCACGAAUGCUGAUAAGGCACAUGCAAGUCAAGUUCUUAAAAGGUUGGGCUUGGAAGAUUGCUUUGAAGGAAUCAUCUGCUUUGAAACUCUUAACCCUCCUCUUGAACCAGCUGAUUUCAUGGAUGCGCUGGAUGAUAAUCAAGUUCUGGCAGGAGCAGACCUAGAGCCCAACACCGCUGACAGAACUGAUGCCAGCUGUGUCAAUUCCAACUCACCAAUUCUCUGUAAACCCUCACUGGAAGCUUUUGAAGCUGCCAUUCGGAUUGCGAAUGUCAAUCCAAAGAAAACGAUUUUCUUUGAUGAUAGUGCUCGAAACAUCGGGAGUGGAAAAGCAGCAGGGCUUCACACAGUUAUAGUGGGGAGCUCGGUACUGGUGCCUGGUGCAGACUAUGCCUUGAGUAGCAUCCACAAUAUCAAAGAAGCAAUACCUGAGAUAUGCGAAGGUGAAGAGGAGCAGAUGGAGCAAGUUAUCCAAUCUGCUGCAGUUGAAACUGUCGUCCUUGCAUAGAAAGUUGAAAAUUCCUGGUUUUGAAGGGAGGCUAUCCUUGUUAUAUUAUGUACAUGGGAAGUAUUCAUGUUAAGCUUACUAUAUAAAUGACCGAAGCUCUGUAAUAUCCACAUGUACUUAGAAUGUAAGAUAUGUAUCUUUAUGAUUCAUGUACUUAACUAAAUUUAUGGCAAUGAAGGCAAUGGAGAGAAAUAGAUUGAAAUUAAUAAAAUAAGAUGCUACA